ACCGAUACAUUCGAUACUUUAUUCGAGUGAGCUCGAGAACGCCCGCCGCGACACGGAAGAGUGUCAAAUAAAUACAGGUUGAAAUAUAUGUCCUGUCGCGUUCUGUGAUCCUAGUAUAUACGUGCCAUUUAAACGAUGAAUUUUUGUUUGGUUUUCGUGUUGUUCGGCUAUUUUUUCACGUGGAGUGCUGGUAUGCUGUACCGACGGGACUCCGACAAUGUUUUGAAACCUGACCUAUUACCUGUGUCGUCGACCGUGAUGCCUCUACCAUACUACUCCGUCUACGGAUAUGAGAAGAAAUUACUUCGAGAGAAAAACAAAAAACGACCAACAGGGAAAAUCUCCCUAGUGACGAAACAACCUGAAUAAAUAUUAUUUAUUAGUAAUAAGUGACUUUUAUAUGUUUUUUUUUCCUUUUCUAAAAGGCUUUAUUUGUGUGACUGUUUGCUUGUUGUACAAGUAGUAAGAGAUAAUGAUUUCAUCAAUUCUGUAAUCGUCUGAGUAACAGUGAAUAUGGACAGCAAAGUGAGCGUAGGCUGUGAGCUAAUGUAAAUAUGUUUUAUUCAAGCCAAUUAAAGAAAUAAUACAGAUUUUACAAAUAUUGAUUACAGAUGACAUAGUAAUUAUGAAGUAGCUAAAAUAUUUUAAAGCUUAUAUAGGUAUGUACUGAUCUGAUAAAUAAACGUUUGCAACCAUCCAAA